AAAUACAUUUAAAAAAAGCAAGAAAUCGCUUAGGAUUUAAACUUCUGUCCGCACAGAUUUUUGUACAGAAGUAAACACAGACUGGAAUGAAUGUUCGCCUAAAUUCAUACUUCUUUAAAAUCAGAAUUCUAACGUCAAAUGAAUAAGAAUUCGGACAAUUCGUGUAUAAGAAUAUAUGUAUUAACUAUACGGUGAUAUAAUAUAUGAUUGUGUAAAGUCUAUUCCCGACUGGUUUUAAAUGGGUAGUAUUAAUUCCUUGUUUGAAAAGACAACUCAUUCAGAAAGAUCUGCUAAAGUUGUAUCAGAUUUUAAAGAGGUUUUUGAACUUUUUGACAAAGACGGCGAUGGGACCAUAACGAUCAAAGAACUCGACACUGUAAUGAGAUCACUGGGACAAAAUCCAACAGAAAAUGAGGUCAAAGAAAUGGUACAGAAAGCUGACACCGAUGGUAACGGAACAAUAGAAUUCCCUGAAUUUCUCCAAAUGGCUACAGACAUGAUGAAAUCAGUUGACUUAGCAGAUGAGGUGCGCGAUGCGUUCAGGCUGUUUGAUAAAAAUGGAGAUGGUUAUGUAACUGCACCAGAACUUAAAACAAUUCUAUCGAACAAUGGAGAGAAGAUUUCUGAUGAAGAACUAGAUGCUCUGGUUAAAGAUGCUGAUGUGGAUGGCGAUGGUAAAAUAAACUAUCAAGAAUUUGUGUCUAUGCUGGAAGGAAAUUGAAGUGAAUAUGUGCAAAUAAUCAGGGAAGGAUGUGAACCUUAUCAAUUGCUGAACAUUAUAAUACUUCUGUAAAUAUGUAUUUUUGUAUAUUCAUUUUUUAUAUUGAAAUGUGCUUUCUCAUUAAAAUAGUAAAAUAAUAGAUUAUUAUAUCUUUCUAGAAAAUUGUAUCCACAAUUACCCAGUGAACUACAACUGCAGACAUUUAAUUUUAAAAGGAAU